UCUCAUUGUGUGCGCGCACGAAAACACAGCUUCGUAGCGUGGUGGCUUGGCUCAGAUGCGAUAAUAUAAACAAACAUGUCCGCCCCGGGUGGAAAACCGAACGGACGAUAGUUCCUGUUGCGUGUCCCGCGCCGCAAACUCGCGUACACACAGCGGUUCCGUACGAGCAGCGGUCGUCGAUAGGGCCGGUCCACGUCUUUUUUGCCGGGUUCGCGUCCGUCAGGUUUUGCCGUUCGUCCGUCAUCGUCAUCAUGGAUUAUUGCGAGAUGCUGAUCUAUCCGGAGCUUAUGGGAUAUUAUGACGGCAGUUUGGGACUGACCCCAAAGCCAGCUACUUGGCGACAUUGGCUGGUCCUGUCCCAUCACGAAUGAUGUUUUGUGAUGAACCGCCCUAUACAAGUGAAACCAGCGGACAGUGAAAACCGCGGAGAUAGAAAGCUGUUCGUGGGAAUGCUCAGCAAGCAACAAACUGAAGAAGAUGUCAGACAGUUAUUUGCGCCUUUUGGAACAAUAGAAGAGUGUACUAUUUUAAGAGGACCAGACGGUGCUAGCAAAGGUUGUGCUUUCGUGAAAUACAGUUCACACCAGGAAGCACAAGCAGCGAUCAACAGCUUGCACGGUAGUCAAACUAUGCCGGGAGCUUCUUCCAGCCUAGUAGUAAAGUUUGCCGAUACAGAAAAAGAACGCCAAUUGAGACGUAUGCAGCAGAUGGCCGGAAACAUGAGUUUACUCAACCCCUUCGUGUUCAACCAGUUCGGUGCUUAUGGAGCUUACGCACAGCAACAAGCAGCUUUGAUGGCUGCAGCAAGUGCACAAGGUACUUACAUUAAUCCAAUGGCGGCGUUAGCCACGCAAAUCCCCCAUGCUACCAUCAACGGUAUGGCGAACUCUGUGGUCCCACCCACAUCUGGUGAUUGUUUUUUCGCAGAGGUUGGUGGUGGCAACGGACAACCCGUGAAUGGAACAAUUCCAAGUCUCCCGUCCCCAACAAUGCCGACAUUCAACAUGGCGGCGCAAACCCCCAACGGGCAACCAGGAGGAACUGAAGGGGUUUAUACGAACGGAAUUCCCCAGUCCUACCCUGCCCACGCACUACAUUUAUCUAUAUCCGCACAAGGAUUACCAAACGGAGAGCCAGCCUUACAACACGCAGCAUAUCCAGGCAUGCAGCCUUAUCCUGGUGUUGCAGCUUAUCCCGCCGUUUAUGGCCAAUUCCCACAGGCCAUUCCCCAACCGAUGUCGGCUGUGGCUCCUGCACAAAGAGAAGGUUGUUCCAUAUCUGGUCCAGAAGGAUGUAAUUUGUUUAUAUAUCACUUACCCCAGGAAUUCGGCGACGCCGAACUCAUGCAGAUGUUUCUACCUUUCGGAAACGUGAUAAGUUCGAAAGUAUUCAUUGAUCGUGCCACAAAUCAGAGUAAAUGUUUCGGGUUUGUAUCAUUCGACAACCCCACAAGCGCUCAAGCAGCCAUCCAAGCCAUGAACGGCUUCCAAAUAGGCAUGAAGAGACUCAAGGUGCAACUGAAGAGGCCAAAGGACGCGAAUAGGCCGUAUUAACCUCAGCUAAAUCCAGAUCUCAACAGAGGCGAUGAGAUGCUCUGCGCAACCGCCCUACAGCCAUUAGAGUAUACUAGAUAUUAAUCUCCAAUAUUACGCAUAUUAUAUAAUAUUAUACCACAUAAUAUUAUAUUUUAAUUUAUUUUUAUUAAUUAUUGAUAAUUAGGUAAAAACAAACUGAGGCACUUCUAGCGGAACUCCGAGCAUGCGCGGCGCGGCCGCGGCAGCUCUCGCACUUCGAGAAAUUCCAAAUGGGCUGUGACUAAAUAACAAAUCAGUGUUUGAUUGUACAGGCCGUUUCGUCUUCUCGUUCGUAAAUAAACUGUACCUCUAUAUUUUGAGACAAUUUCUAAUUGAUUCGUUGUGUGUAUUGUGUGUUAAUCUACUUAUACCUAAUUGAAUAUAUAAGAAACUCCUCCGAGACUUGUCGCCGCCGGCCGCAACGUUGCCAAAUUAGCCUAGUCGUGCCUACUGUGAUUCUUAGCUUCUCACAGCGCAUACCUAGCUCGGAGUACUUAAAUUAAGAAGCCCAUGGUGAAGCGGCUACAGAGCCAUGUGAACCAUAACAUAUUUAUAUUUAUUAACAAUAUUAUAUACAAAAAAUAGCUAUAAUGUUUCUACUAUUGUUAAGUGACAUAAUCCAUAAAAAAGUACCAACUAUAUACUAAAAUAUAAAUGCAGGAAAGAUGUAGAGGUAACACUUAAGUUAUAUAGAGCUUGAGGUUGGUCGAAGUUUCCGUAAAUUACCAUGUGAGCUGGUGGACACGAUCCUAUCUGUGAGCUUUCAGAAUGAAAUUACCUUUAAGCUGGCUCCAUCCGAAUUAUAUAGUUAUAAGUAUCAUAUUAGAUCAUGUUAUCAUAUAACUAAAGAAAGAGCCAAAACUACUAUCGGAUAAGUAUUUGAUAGGCCUUUAUUCCGCUAAGUUCUUCAUUGUGUAUAGAGAAUUUUAUGCAAGGGAAGGGACAGAUAAUCCACUUUUUCAACUGCGGUUCCUUCACAAUUACUAGUCGAAACUAAAGUGGAGAAUAAACUUAUUGUUUCCAUUUUCGGUUCAUCCGCAGUUACUAGUCUAAAAAUUUUGCUUCCUCGUUAUGAAGGUGGUGUGAAGACUGAAAAAAGUUCAUAUUUCUUACUUGAGUUCCUUCACGAUUACUAGUCUAAACUCAUUUUACUAGUCUGAUCUUUUUACUUCCUUGCAAUAAAAAUGGAUAAUAACGUAUUUUUACUUUAGUUCCUCCAUAAUUACUAGUCGAAUUUCCCCUUCAUUCCUACUCAAAGUAGUAAAAAGACCUAUUGUUACAAUUUCCUCCACAAUUACUAGUCGAAACAAGAGUGGAGAAUAAUGAAUUGUUUUCAUUUUCGGUUCAUCCGCAGUUACUAGUCUAAAAAUUUUGCUUCCUUAUUAUGGCGGUUGUGUGAAGACUAACUGAAAAUAGUUCAUAUUUCUUACUUGAGUUCCUCCACAAUUACUAGUCUAAACUCUUCUUACUAGUCUGAUCUUUUUACUCCCCUGCAAUGAAAAUGGAGAAUUACUUGAGUUCCUCCACAAUUACUAGUCGAAUUUCCCCUUCAUUCAUACUCAAAGUAGUAAAAAGACUUAUUGUCAGAUAACCACCAGUUUCUCUGCAGUUACCAGUGAACCUCUUCACUUCCUCUACAUCGCAAUGGCGUGAAAACCAGCGGGGUGAAUUUCCUCCACAAUUACUAGUCGAAACUUCCACGCCAUCAUACUCAAAUUGGUAUGGUAAUAUCUGAUUGAUUGUCAGAAGUUUAUAUAUGUAUCUUCCCAGUUACUAGUCUAAACUUAAUCCAUCAUAGGCAUAAUGAUGUAGAGAAUGGAAGAAGUUCAUGUUUUUUUUGUUAAUCAGUUUAACAAUUACUGGUCGAAACUUGUUUCCUCCAACGAAACGAGUCAAGACAUGGAGAGUAUUCGUUAUUUAAUUGUUGUCUCACCUCCAAAUAUCUUUUCAAUAAAGACUGAAGGCACUACUAGGGAAUAACGAUCUGAGCCUCUUCAUACCACCGCAAGAAAUUUGAUGGAAUUUUUUUAUUUGUCAUGCACAUAUCGAGCUGUUUCGACGCAUGUAAAGAUGUUAAAAAUGUUGUACAUAUUCCCGAUCGGAUCGAUAUCCUCAAACUCUUCCCUGACUAUUGUAAAUUUUGCUUUAAAAGAUGACAUCGUAUUUAUCGAGAAAGAAUUUUCAUUCUGAAAGUUUUUGGACAUCCUGUAUGCUUAGGGAUUAUUAUCGGUUUUAGAACAAUACGUUCUCGAUUUAUUGAUAAUUUUAUCUAUUUAUAGGUUUAUAUAUCAGAAGAAAGUUGUGCGUUUCAGCCAAAAUAGUUGUUGAGGAGUUAGUUGACGCUUUUUUGGGACUAACAAACUGUCCUAUCAUCAGGUACACUGAGGUGUAUCGCUCUAGUCAAAUUAUCCAUUUACGCAAUGAUUGCGUAUUAGUAUGAAUAGAUAUAAUUUAGGGGUACCUUGAACUAACCUGAUAAACUUGAUCUCUUAACGGACGAUAGUUAUUAUUGGCCAUCACGGUUGAUUUUGGAGGAAGCGUAGAUUUGUUUAUUUCAAGGAAGCAUUAGACUAACUUGCGCAGUACAAAAGUAGAUGGCUUCAUUGUUUAAAAAAGUCCCUUGUAUAUCUUGAAUUUCUGAGAGGGCGGAAUAUCGGGUUGGUUCACGUAUAGUUUUAGUAUUUAAGGCAUAUAUUUAGUGAUCAUAAUAUAGAGUAACUAUUGAAUUUAAUAUACAUAUAUUUUUCUUUUCAGCUGAAAUAUAUUGUGCAAUAUUACUAAACACAGAUCGACUGACACCAUUAGGUGAACAUAUUUUUUGUAUUGUUUUAUAUUAUUACCAUUAAUUUUGUACCUAACAUCAGAAGAAAUUUUGCUAAAAUUUGAAAAGUUGGUUUUUUAGAAGUAGUGCAUUCCACGCUUGCUAUUUGUCAUUCCUAUAUAGAACUGAGAGUGGGGGAGGCUCCGUUGGCCUUUGGGGAAAGUCCAUAUUCGGCCUACAAGCGAAAAAAAUUUCGGGAGAGAAAUGAAUAGAUUCGCUGACGCUGGAUAGGCGCUUUCGCCACUUUGGUUUUUCAGUGAAGUAGAGAGACAAAAUUCUGUAUGAUCACGGAUGACAAGAGCGGAUAAUAAUCAUAAUAUUAAAAAAAAAAGCAGCGAAGUGAUUCUAGGAUACAGGGUAUGUUUUUGCAAUUAUUUACGUAACUGUUUCUCAUCUUUAAGAUGGCGUCGUCGUAUUUAUAUAUUAGUAAAUGUACCUACGGACGCGUCCCUAGCUGGACGCCAUCCCCAUCGUGCCAUCACAUAUACCAUUGCGCUGUAAAUAUGGAGUCAUAAUAUGGCACCGUUUUAUACAAAAUAUAGUCCGUUCUGAUCAUCAGUUCCGAACGACAUCCUAGCAUUUCGAGGGUAAAAAUUAUAUUUUAUAUUUGAUAAUCUGAAUAAUUCAUAUUUAGGGAGGCUUUCUCAUUGCCGUUAUUUUGUCGCUCUAGUCGUCACCAGAGUCGUUUUGAAUUCCGACUAACGAUUUUAUAUGAGAUUAGUAGGUAAGCUCGAACAUAGCUGGAAUAGGUAUAGUCAGCUGAGUUAUGAUUAAUACCUCGAGAAUAUUAUCAAUUAAGGGAGGCGUUUAUCGGAAAUGCCUCCUGGUGAUACGGCAUCGGACAUAUCUCUUCCUGUUUCAGUGAAUUUUCAGAUAAUACCAUCGUCUGUUUGAUACCAUAACCAAACACCACAAUAAUAGAUCCUGAUUUGAUUAAUUGGGAAUUGCUCAUACACACAGGGUAGAUAGGGACAGCGAGGUUCUUCUAAAUAACCCAAUUUUAUAGAUCUAUCGUCCUUUUUCACCAAGAUACAAGGGGUUUUAGAUUCACCUCAUUUAUUCAAUUAAUCUAACUUAUGAACCACCCUACAUAUUUCUCUGAUAUUUGGUCCUUAUAUUCUCUGUCCCCAGUGGAUUCUACAGAAAUAAUAACGAAAGUCUUAUUCCAGGGUCGGCCUAGUUCAAGACUGUGAAUCUGAAUUAAUUUUUUGAGGCCGGACCUGCAAUACGAAAUUUUUCCUCAUUUCAAUUGACAGUAUUCCGGACAAAAAACGUACCAAUCAAAUUACGAAAAUGUGUAGUGUGGUUUAUAAGUUAUGAUUAAUAGAAAAAAUGAGGAAAAACAAUAAAUCUGGGUAAUAAUAAAGAAUGAUACCCUGGUUUUGUAUGCGCAUUUCCUAAUGAGUCACGCUGUAUAAAUAAGCUGAAGCGGCUGAGCAAAUUUAAGUUCAGAAUAGGGCGAAAAGUUCAGUCAAAAAAAAUUUCUCUGAAUAUCAGAAAAAGAAGAAUAUAAAAUUUCAGACUGCUGUGAAACAUCGCAGAUUCCUUUUAAAACAACUGUUUAUAGACCAUAGACCAAUUGAACAAAUAGAUAGCCCAUUCUAGAAACAACGGAGUGAUUGCGAUCAGCUUGCCUCAAAUGCAGCGAUACUCAACCGUCAAUUUUAGAAUGAAUUUAAGUGUUUAGUGUUAGUGUACCAUCCUAACAGAUGGCGCCAGAGACCAUUGUAGCUUAUCUAUAUUUUCAAGUUGAUUUAUGUUUAUAGACUUACUUAUAUAUUUUCUUUCUCGAGAUAAUUUCUCAGGUUGAUAUCAGGUAUUGACUAUUGGCAGUUAAAAUUUGUUUGUUGGCUUUUUGAGAAAAUCUAUCAAUAUAUUAUUAUGUGUUGUGGUACAUGGAGAUAUGAACAGGAACAGAUAUGCGACCCCAAAGUAUCACAUUCAAAAAGCUCAGAAUGAUCUCGGUUUGGAUGAAAAAGAUAAAUAUUCAGAAUACGAUAUAUACAUAAAAAUUGCAGAUCCCCAAUGUUGAAAAUUGGGACCAACAAAUGUUAUUUUCUCGGAUUUGGCUUAAAACGAGAUGAGGCUAACUCCAAAUAAUUCAUCUUCUGUUCUAGUCAUUUAUUUGUUUAUUUCCAAUGCAGUUAUUUAUUUUUGUAGAUUAAAGUUGGAAUAUUUGAACUAUUUAAUAACUGUUAUAUCUUAUUUAUUUUUAUUUAUUGAGUGAACUAUUUAUUCAGAUAUGAGCAGUGAAUAACUAAUAAUAUGAUAUACAUAUAAAACUGGAAUAAAUCACUAUCCUCAGCAAACUCGCAACAAAAACAAACAAUAAUAGAAUUAAUCUAGAUUCCUCCGAUAUUCAAAAUCAAGAAUCAUCAAUUCUUUAGGUUACUAGUAAACUUUUCUUGACAGUUAUAGCUUUGAAGCGGAAAAAUUUUUUCAUUUCCUAUAUGCUUGACCUAAAAGAAAGUGGGCAAUCCUAUACCUAUAAUCAACACAGCAAUCAUCACUUGGAAAUUUUACAUGUUCUCUGCAGAAACUGUAUGUAUAUAUAUUCGAGAGUGGGAACACUUCAUUGGAAUAAACCUUAUUUAUUCUAGUCAAUUGCCAUGUCCAGACAAUAAUCUCUUAAGGCAAGCUACUCGAUGUAGCACUUUCGCUAAGCGUACCAUUUUUGUGACGUUGAAUAUUUCCGCAGGUUAUUCAUUCGAACUUUCUUAUUGAUAGACAGAAUUUCAAAUGAUUGAAUAGGGACGAUGAUAUAUUAUGGAAAUGCAAGAAAUUAUUUCUUCAUUUAUAGGAAAUUUGAAAUAAUUUCAAAUCUAGAUGACAUAUCAAAUCCAUUUUUUUAUAAAUUACACUUCAUUCAUUGUUUUAUGUUACUCUUCUUUCUAUAAUUAUGUGUUCAUCUCUUAUUGUUGAUAUUGAACUCAUUCUUUUUUGAUUAUAUGGGGAGAAAAUGUUUAAUAUCAAUUCAGAGGUGAAGGUGCAGUAAAAUAAUCCUUAAUUUUCUCAAGUUCUGUCUAUCAAAUAAAACUAUCAACCAGAUUUACUUGUAAAAAUUGUUUUAAAUUAGGUGGUUAAAUAACCUUAAUGGUGUGAGUAAACAAUUCUUGUACAUAAGAGGUGAAAAUAUGUAUUUGUUCAGUUGUAUCAAUAAUAAUCCAGAGAACAUGUAAAAAUUCGAACGAUGAGGAUAAAUAUAUAGAAAUCAUCAAGAUUCAUCGAUACCCAUAAACAAUCCAAACCAUUAAAUCUGAAUGUCAGUACUAAUAGAUAACAAUUCACACAAAAUAUUGAGAAGUAAAUCUUAUUACUAUCAUCUAAUACUAUGUAGUAGCUAAUUGAAUUUGAAUAUUUAUAAACUACUGAAAAUCUUGUAAUACUAUAUUGUAAAAAUAUAUUAUUAUGAAGGAUAGAAACUUACUGGAAUUUUCUACCUUGAAAUCUUCACAUCAUUAUUUAUUUUGAUCCAUUUUCCUUCAACUUUUCUAUUAUUCAAACAGUUUGUAAAAUUCGCUAUAUCAAUUAAUAUAAUUAUAUUGUAUAAUAACAGUAUCUAUUAUGUAAUUUAAAUAUGGAUAAUAUGCAGUCCAAGUUGAGGUAUCAAGGCAUGGUCGAGCACAUUUUUAAUGCUCAAACUAUUUACAUAAUCCAUUGAAAUUAUCAUUAUAUUGGAUAUCUGUUUGGUGACCAUGCCCCAACUCGAUUAUUAUUACUAACUUUUAUCUAUUAAAUCCAAUUCAAUAGGACUAUUUUACAACGUAUAGAAAUAUAGCAUGAUAUUUUAGUGCAAAACAAUUGUAUUGACUUGGAUUUAUUUGAUAUCUAUCCAAUUCAUAUAAAACUUUAUAAAAGAAUUAUAAAUUAAUAAAGUUGAAUAAAAUGCA